AUGCAAUCAUCGGAAAAUGUCAUCAUCACUGCCAAUGAUUCACAACAAUCACAACAACAACAAUGGACAUUGGAAGAACAUGAUCAAUUUUUACAAGGCUUAAAGCGAUAUGGAACCGAUUGGAAUAAAAUUCAAAAUUUAAUUCCGACCAAAGAAAAGAAUGAUAUUAGAGAAUAUGCGAAGGAAUUUUUCAAAAUGAAUAAGAGUGCCAUGAAUGAUUUAAUGGAGUGUUUUGAUGAUGAUUGCCAUCGGAAUCAUUCUGAAUCAUUCAUUUCAACACCGGAGGCACUUGCAAGUGCUUUUUUAACCAAUCCCGAAAGCGUUAAACAAUGGCAAAAAGAAACAUUAGAAAUGAAUCAUACAAGAAGAAUGAAUCAAACAUUUGUUGGAUCAUCAUCACCAAGCACUGAAAUGACAAAAUUUGACAAGAUGAAUCUCAUAAGCACUCCCUACAGUCAACAAUGUGAUUUGUUAGAUUUGGAAGCUCAGACUCGAACCUUGGACGAGGAGGUUGAAUUAAUGAAAAAUAGUGAGGAAAAGCAGUCAUUAUUGGAGUCAAUAUUAAAGAAUAUCAAGGAGAGAGGAGAUUCAUGUGAAAAGAUUGAAAAUUUAAUUGGAUCCACAGAGGACGAGCAAAAUUCAGAAAAACGUACAAACGGAGGAAUUCACGUGCAUGAUCAUUCAUCAAUACCUUCGAACAAGCCAAAUUUUCGAAAUAUUUACACCUUUCUUGGAGCUUUGUUUGAACCUGAAAGAUAUAAUGUUGAAGAAUUGAGUGAAAUGUUAUCACCUCAAGAAAAGGAGAUUUUACAAAUACUCAUGCACAACUUGGCGAUCACUCUCUCGACACAGCAAUUUCAGGAAGAGUACUCGACCUAUGUUCAUCAACUUUCUCAAUCUUCCGGCACCGCCUCCGGACCUCCAAUCAUGACGCAACAACAAUACCAAAAUUUCACUCAACAAUUGUCAUCCAGAGGAGAAAAUUCGCAUACGUCUUCUUUACAGAGAAACUCACCGAACCAAUUGCCUGAAGAACAAUAA